AAGUUGGCAGUUCUUUAAUGGCGACCACGGGUGACGGGUCGUUUGUCUGGAAACUGUCACUAUUUAUUUAGAUUUUUAAGUGUAGGUUCUGUGUUUACGUAAACAUGACGGGGAUUUUACCUACCUACCAGCGAUUUGUAAAUGGAGUUCCUGUACCGUCCAUUUCUCGACGUUCGUUCCGUUUACGGGAGAAAUAUUUGAUUGUUUCUGUACUUUUGACAUUCGGGAUCGUGUGGUUAGGAGCAUUAUUCUACUUGCCAGAGUUUAAAAGUUCAAAUAGUGUGAACGAUAGUGUUUACAAUGUAUACAAAAGAAUCCAGAAAGCUGGCCCAGAGCUGCUCAUGCCGCCUCCUCUCGCACAAAACGAUGUCGGUGACUUUCCUGUGAUUGGGAUCGCUCACCAUGGUGAAGGGGGUGAUGAUCCUCACGUAAUUGAGGACAGGAACCGGCUACGAGCUAAGAUAGAGGAGGAUAUGGGAAUGAAAGUGUUAGAGAGGCCUCAGUUUGACGUAGCACCUUCCGUGUCGUCUUCGCGAGGGCCCAGCAAGCCGCCAGUAGACGCGAUUGAGGAGCCCGCGGUAGGGAACAAUGCAGCUAACAAAGACGUGUCGCCGUCAGGCCCGAAGGCUGAGAGCUCGGACAAGUUUGUGGCUGUGGCCCUGGCACCAGGAGCUGACCCUGAGAUCAAGCACAAGCUGGAGACUGUCAAAAAGAUGAUGCUGCACGCGUGGAACAACUACAAGCUGUAUGCUUGGGGCAAGAAUGAGCUGAAGCCGAUGUCGAAGCGAGCUCACUUGUCCAGCGUCUUCGGAGCGGGCGAACUAGGCGCUACCAUCGUUGACGGUCUCGACACCCUCUACCUCAUGGGACUCAACGACGAAUUCCGAGAGGGCCGAGACUGGGUCGCUGAACAUUUGCAUAUUAAUGAAAUCGAUUCCGACUUAUCUGUGUUCGAGACGACGAUCCGGUUUGUCGGGGGUCUCCUGUCAUGUUACGCGCUGACCGGCGACACGAUGUUCCGAGACAAGGCGGCGGAAGUGGCCGACGCCUUGCUGCCAGCAUUCGACACACCUACCGGGUUGCCAUAUGCUCUCAUCAACCCGUCCACCAAGGCAAGCCGUCAAUACCACUGGGCGGGUCCGAACAGCAUCCUAUCUGAGCUGGGAACGCUUCACCUCGAGUUCACGUACCUCAGUGACGUCACGGGCCGUGAUAUUUACAGGCAGAAAGUGAGCCGCAUCCGUGAGGUUUUGGAUCAGAUCGACAAACCCGGCGACUUGUACCCCAACUUCAUCAACCCGCGCACUGGACAAUGGGGACAAAGGCACAUGUCUCUGGGCGCUCUAGGCGACUCGUUCUACGAGUACUUACUGAAGGCGUGGCUGAUGUCUGGUGGCGCUGACGAGCAGGCUCGUAUCAUGUUCGACACAGCCAUGCAGGCGGCGCUCGACAAAAUGCUACGCGUCUCGCCCUCCGGCCUCGCUUACCUCGCCGAGCUCAAGUACGGACGUAUCAUUGAAGAGAAGAUGGACCAUCUCUCCUGCUUCGCUGGCGGUAUGUUCGCGUUGGCGUCGACUACCCUGGACAACUCGAUGUCGGAGCGCUACAUGGACGUGGCCAAGAAGCUGACCAAUACCUGCCACGAGAGCUACGCGCGAUCUGAAACCAAACUCGGCCCUGAAGCAUUCCGAUUCUCCAACGCGGCUGAGGCGCGUGCACAGAAGAGCAAUGAGAAGGUGUACCUCCUGCGGCCGGAGACGUUCGAGAGCUACUUCAUCAUGUGGAGACUCACCAAGCAACAGAUGUACCGAGACUGGGCCUGGGAGGCUGUGCAGGCUCUGGAGAAACACUGCCGCGUUGAGGGCGGCUACACCGGUCUCGUGAACGUCUACCACGCCAACCCUCAGGGAGACGACGUGCAGCAGAGCUUCUUCCUCGCUGAGACACUCAAGUACUUAUACCUGAUAUUCGGUGACGAUUCGUUCCUGCCGCUCGACGAGUGGGUGUUCAACACGGAAGCCCAUCCAUUCCCGAUCAGGGGCAAGAACCCACUGUACCGCGCUGUCGACAAACCGGUCCUGCCAGAACCUGCGCACGCGCAGAACAACAGGAUAUAAGACCGUCACUCAAGUAAUUUGUUUUAAAAAUGUUUCAUUUUGUUAGAACUGAAGAAGCCAGACUGUACCAACAGUGUCUGGUUAGGUACAGACGAGCGUAAGAGGCAAGGAGAAUAAUAAAUGAACUUUGAAACUUUGUUCCGAUUCGUAAAUCUAGAGUGACAUUCAAAUACCGAUAAUAUGUGAUCUUUUUUCUACUAAAUGUCUUAUUUAACCUACUAUAUAAAAAUGAAAAAUGCUGACGAUUAGAAUUGUGUCACUUUCAUGUAGGUUUUAAUAACAAUUUUCAACACAAAUGAAGAAUUUCGAUUUGUGUGUGAUUGUCGUUUGUGUACCAAUCCUCUCGAAUUACGAAUCGGAUAGUUUACGUUUCGUCUCGUCGUACCGUUGUUAUUAUUCGCGUUCGCUUCUUGGAGACACAAAGUUGCAUAAUAUGCCAGUCGCUUCAGUCGUGAGAUCUGUAAGCAUUUCUUAUGACCGAAUUACUAAAUGCCGCACUCAAUACCUUUAAUGAUUACUUAAACUAUUUCUUAGUAUCGAAAGCAAUUGCUAAGGACUGGGUUAGGUAACCAUUAAACGACUCUGAGUAGGCGGUUAGUCCUCUUUUCUUUGGAAAUUGAUUUAGACAAAAAUUAUAGGUCUACUACUAAAAGUAAUUUAUAAAUUUUGGUAUGCAUUUUGCAGUAGUUGUUUCUGUAUACUUGUUUGUGAAUAAAGUAUCCCUUCUUUCGUUAUCUAAUAAUAACCUCGACACUAAAUUAUUUGUCAAACAUCUAUUGUACACGCUCUAUAUCCUACGUAUAUUCUCAAAUUUUUGGUACGUAGUUAUAAAAUUAAUAAUAAGACGUAGUUGAUUCAAUCAAUUUUUAAAGGACGCAUAUGUUAUACUGAUGCGUAUAUAAGUAAUUUAGGAGUGCAGUAAGGGUUUUAAAGUAAACAUACAAGUAUCAUAUCGAUUUAAAUUAAUCAUUCCAAGAGAUGAAAGUGUUUGUAGACUUGCAAGCCGGCGCGCCGUGUCCAAUAAUGCUACCAAGUAGGGUGAUGUUGCUCAAGUCAAUUAGUGAGGUGAGAUGGCGAAUGGCGACACCGUAGUGUAAAUAUAUAACGGUAUAUAACGUUAUCAACAUGCAGUUCAAAUGUUCUGAUCUCAGUCGGCAGAUGAGCACUAGUUCUAACACAAACGGCUCCCAUACUACCGUGAUAAUAUGACAGCUUUCCACGUCAAAUGAAGAACUUAUGUGUGUCGCAUUUAACUAUGAUCACUUUCUUAUUGGUACAUUGUUAAACUAUAUGUAUAUUAUGAACGAUGAACGUUAUUUAUUUAUUAGCUAUGAAUACUCAGUUUGUAGUUAAUACAAUCAUAGGUCAAUACAAUUACCAAAAUUUUAAUUAUUAUUUAUUUUAUUGUAAUGCAAGUUUCGGUAAAAUUUUCUUAUUAUACAUGAGAUUGAGAUUAGAUAUGUUAUCAAAUGUAUUGUGGAUAAAGAUCUGAUGUAGGUGAGAUGGCUCAGUAGUAACGACCAAUGUAAACUUAUUGUGGGCAUUACUAAGUAAUAUGCACAAACGUUAUGAGUUAAUUAGAGUCGCAGCUUCGAACACAGGACAAUAUUAGAUUAAUAAACUUUCUGUGAUUUUUUUGUAUGUGCUCUCCUUGUUUUGAUUGCAUAGCCGACACCGCUGGGAGUUAUAUUUUGUUUGUCGUUGUAUACUGCAUUUGUUUUUCCCUGUACCCUUAGUAAGAGUUUGCUUUACGUUUAAAGUUAUCGAAACGAAAGCGCCGAUCGGCUCUCUGAUUGGCCGGCUCGAAUAAACCAACCAAUUAGAGCGCCGAACGCGCUCUCGUUUUGAUUAGGUUAAGUAAGGUACUACUUGGUACUAAGAGUACUGAACUGUGUUCGAAGCAUGGACCUCAAACUAUCUACUUAAUCUACGCUUUACCGACUUCACCAGUGACGAUACACACACAGCUAUCGUACUCCAUUCUACAAAACACAUAAAGCAACGGGUUAAUUUUUAAUUAGAUAUAUCUAUUGAUAUGUAACUUACCAGGUAAUAGGAAAAAAUAUUUUUAUUUAUUGAACUUUUAAUUUACUGUUUUCGUAUCUUAUAUAAAUGAAGUUUGUUUUGAGUCGGAUCUCGUAUUUAUAAACUGGAAAUAUAUUUUCUAUAUUAUUUUAUUGACGUAUCAUAAUAAUUCGGUUUUGUAACAAACUAACAUAUCUGUUAAUAGAGUGUAGUGUGUGAUGUAAUGGGGUAGGCAGGGAAGGCACGUCCCUCGACCUUGUAGAGCAUUGUUCAGUUCAAACUUUGGAGUGAUGUAGUUUAUAUAGUUUUAAAACAUUUUCUGUUCAAAUAUUGAAUACAACUCCAUCUAUGUUUCAAUACAUCGCAACAUUUACUUAUCCGUUUUACAAACAGAAGCUGUUCGCUUUGACAUUUAUGUGAUUUUAAUAUACAAAGUUACAUAUUAUAUUUUAUUAUUCUUAAAUUUCUGCACCUGUUAAUAAAGCAUUAAAAUAAUCGUAUAAUUAUUUAUAAUUAUAUUAUUUGUUGAAUAAAUAUUCUGUUUGUUUGAAAUUAAUGGAAAUACAACUCCACUAGGCAUUGGAUCACUCACUGAUAUUAGACAAAGUAGUUUGAAUAACUGUAAAUUUUGUAUAUAAUAGUCAUAGACGAUAAAAUAUUUUAGUUUUAGGUUUCUGUGUGUAGAUUAACAUUGUUAUUUUUUAAAUUAAGAGUUGUGGGUGUGCGUCUGUUGAUGUACAUAUAAAAAUUUAUGUUUAUUGUAUUUAUAUAAUUUAUAUUUUGUACUGCCAUGUUACGCGGCCGCUGCCCACUAUGUACCGUCAUAGGAACUGUUGAAAACAAAACUGCAAGAAUGAAUAUUAUGAUAGAACUUUCAACUCUAAAGUAUUUAGCUGAAAUGCUAGAGUUCCUUGCAGUUCAUAAUUCCUGAUACUGGCUAGCAUUUAACUUUAUAUUCCUUUUGUAUUCUGCUCAAUUUGAUUUGUAAAGACCUUAAGGGUCUGUGGAGAGUCCCCAAAGCCACAGUAUAGAGAAAAAAUCGCUCACAUUGAAAAUAAUAGUUAUCAAACAAAUGUGCGAAUAUUGGAAAUUACAAAGAUAUUGGUAUUACAAUUUAGUUUCAAUAAAUAUGUUCGUGUGGUUUAUUUUGUAAUAUAAUGCACUAAUCGCAAAAUGGCAUAAUAAUUGAUAAGACAUGUCUGUUUAUGUGACUAAUUUUAAUAUAGAAAUGGAUGCUAACAUUUGUCUUGUAUAAUGCCAGGGCCACACAUGCGCACACUUGUUAGUUCACAUAGUGUUAGCACGGACAUUUGACGCUCUUUCAUCCGUGUCAAAAGAUUAGAAGAAACAACUGCGCAUAUGUGUGGCGCCAGCAUAAGAUAAUUUUAAUAUAUACCCUGUAUGAUUCUGGGACAUUAAAAGAAUAUAUCAAGAAUACUGCCUUCCUGUACAUUAUCCUAAGUGAAUGUCGAUGUAUACAAGUCCUGCUCGCCUCUGAGAUAGUUGCGCAUGUACUGUAACAGAUGUAUGUAUGACAAUUGUAGUUUAAAUAAUAAUGUACAUUUCAGUUAUUAAUAAAACAUGUUUAUAAACAUUA